UCAGAAAUGAUACAUAUAUUUGAUUGAAAUUGGUAGAAAGUUUACUGAGACAUGAACGAUAGAAUCUGAAGAACUGUUUCUUCUUCUACGGACGUGGCUUUAUUUUGAAAUCCAGCGGAAGUAGCCUGACUCAGUAAAUCUGUUUAGCUUGAGUUAGAAGUACCGCAGGCUGCGGCUGAGCAGGGCUGAGUUUGUCCGACUUAAAGUUGACGCUGAGGUUUGAGAGUGAAGAUGGACUCUGCGGCGGUGGAGAUAGACGGCAGCGUGAUGGAGGGAGGUGGACAGAUUCUGAGAGUCUCCGCUGCGUUGAGCUGCAUCACCGGUACCGCUAUCAAGAUCGCCAAAAUCCGCGCGGGCAGGAGCUCACCGGGACUCAGACCUCAACACCUGACCGGCCUCCAGCUGGUCUCAGAUCUGUGUUCAGGUGGUCUGCAGGGCGCCAGCAUCGGCUCCACCGACAUCAGCCUGACUCCAGGAAAGAUCCGGUCAGGAAACCACACGGCUGACACGACGACCGCGGGGAGUGUGUGUCUGCUGCUGCAGGUGGCUCUGCCCUGUGCUCUGUUCGCUGAUGGUGUGUCACAGCUCUGUCUGAAGGGAGGAACCAACGCAGAGAUGGCCCCUCAGAUCGACUACACCCUCAAGGUCUUCAAACCCAUCGUGGAGAAGUUUGGAGUCCACUUUGACUGCAACAUCAGAAUGAGGGGCUACUACCCUAAAGGAGGCGGGGAGGUGGCGGUGACGGUGAAUCCGGUAAAAGAGCUGCAGCCUGUCACCAUGACAGAGAGAGGAACCAUCGCAAAGAUUUACGGCCGCGCGUUCGUGGCCGGCGUCCUGCCCUUCAAAUUGGCAAAAGACAUGUCUGCUGCUGCUGUUCGAACCAUCAGGAAGGAAAUCAAAGAGCUUUACAUCAACAUCCAGCCACUACAGGAGAAGGAGAAGGCCUACGGGAACGGGAACGGCAUCAUAGUCAUCGCUGAGUCAUCGACAGGUUGUCUGUUUGCUGGUUCGGCUCUGGGGAAGAAAGGUGUGUAUGCUGAUAAAAUCGGCAUUGAAGCUGCUGAGAUGUUGCUGAGAAACAUCCGACACAACGGCUGCGUGGACGAGUUCCUGCAGGAUCAGCUCAUUAUCUUCAUGGCGCUGGCGAAGGGAACGUCUCGGAUUCGGACCGGCACCGUGACACUACACACGCGGACGGCCAUUCACAUCGCAGAGCAGCUGACACAGGCCAAGUUCACCAUAACCAAGUGUGAAGAUGAGCUGAGCAGCAAUGUCACCUUCAUCAUUGAAUGUCAAGGAUCAGGAGCAGUUAACCCCAACCUGUAGCCCCACACACACACACACACACACACACACACACACACACACACACACACACACACACACACACACACACACACACACACACACACACGCGCGCGCUGCUGGACUUGUAGCUGCUCCCAACCCGGUCGCCCCUCUUAGCUGCUGUCUCUCAGGGUUUUUUCCUUAAAUUACUGUAAUGAGUAAAUAAAACGCUUCUCAACAUUC